AUGCCUCGCUUCCCCAUGGGUACGGGAAUCACCCCAGAUGCAGACUCCCCCCAGGCGGAGCCCACCGCCGCCACCAAGAUCAAGAACCGUCGCAAGCGCUAUCUGGACAUACACCCGGAGUAUUUCUCUGCGGAUCUCGAGCUAGCCGACCCGUUACUGUAUGACCGUUUGAUCCGUCGAUUCCAGACUGCGACCGAAAGGGAGGCCGAGGGACGAGCCAAGGGCUUUUCGGGCGUGCUGCAAGCGGACCUGUGUCGAUCCGAGGCCAAGUUCGAGGCGCUGUCCCACCCCGACCCCCACGCGAUGUUCAGCUAUACCCGGGGUCCGAGCGGAGAGAUUCUCGCGGAGGACCGAGACGAGAUACCCCCGAGCAAGGAAGAAGGCGAGAAGCUAUGGCGGUGGGAGAUGACGUUGCGGUUCCUGAGAGGGGAGGACGACGACUUCGACUAUGCCACGGUUGACGACAAUGACGAGUACGAUGAUUGGAACGCCGAACAGGAAAAGUACUUUGACGAGGAAGAACCGGAAUGGCUCGUCGAAGGGACCGACGAGGGAGAAAUCAGGACCCGUUUGGAAGGCGAGACCGGUAUCCAGGACUUUUGA